CAAAGUACAUUGACUAUUAUUAGUCCAUUGGACAUCUCAGAUUCUGCCAUCUAUAACUGUACUGCUGCUGUACUCCCCACUGAUACUGAGGGAGUACUAGCCAGCAAUGACACUACUGCCUCAUUGAACGUCUCUGUAGAAGAGCCUCGUGCACCAAAUAUUACAGGAGCUAAGAUUGUGUCUGAAGCUGGCAGACCUUUCUCGACUGAAUGUAACUUCACAGCACCCCUCAACCUGGUGACUCCGCCAUCUGUGGAGUGGCUGAGUCCAUCUGGGGACCUGGUCUCCAGUAACAAGACUCUCUCAUUUCCUCUGCUAAACACGUCAGAUGGAGGGAUGUAUACCUGCAGAGUCAACUUCUCAAUACCUUCUCUGGGUAUAUCUGAGAGUGGCAAUGGAACUACUCGUCUCAUAGUCCAGAUUCCAGCUCCAACAAUCACUGUUUUGAAAGACUAUACCCCCAUACAUGGGACGAAGUUCAAUAUGACAUGUACUGUGGAGGUGGAUGUGGCUGUGGAUACUCCCAUCACUAUUCACAGUUGAAAUGGGUGCUGCUACCCCAACACGUGGACAAUAGUGGCACCAUGUCCACAUAUCGAGACAGAAACAAAGAAGUAAGACAGAUUCACCAGUCUAAUAGUCGGCCACUCGUGGAGAGGACAAACUGGACGUUAUACUUGCAGAGCAAGAGUCCAGCCUAAGCCUGAUGUAAAACAAGAAUAUCUUGAAGGUUCGGCUAAUGAGACAACUGAUGUACCCAGGUCACUGUUCAGGUCUUCCAAAGCCCACUGUCAGAUACGCCUCAGCUCCUCCACUUAGGGGCCUCAGGG